GACUUCGUCAGAUAUCAGCUGGUUUUCAGUUUGAAAGGUUCGCUGCAAGAUCGCUCCCAGGACUACUCACCUUCCCGAAAGGAGAAGACGAUCAGCUUGCUUUCUCUUAUCUCUUUCCCAAUCAAGUACCUUCCUACCCAUCACAGUGCAACAUGGGUUGCGGAAGUUCACAGUCAACCAACGUCAUCCGAUCGGCGAAGGUAGCCCCAAUGGACGAUGCGCCGACCGAUCCUCCGCCAAUGUCGACCAACGGUGGCUGUGACUCGCUUCGGUCCACGUCCACGACAUCCACCACGCCCAGCGAAACGCAGAAGAAGUUUAUGACUCGUACCGAGACCUCCGUGGACGGUAAGAAGGCGCCGUCUCCGACGCCGUCCCGCAAAUCAAUGAAGUCCGUGUCGUCGAAGCGAGCCGGGUCAGGGUUGACCUCCAGCAAGAAGCACAGCGGUAGCAAUCGCAGCCUGGUCUCGCUACGUGCCGAAGACAAGCGCAAGCGUGAUCAGCUGGCUAUGCAGGGUUCAACGUCGUCACUGAUACACAAGCAGCAAGACAACAACGACAGGGAAAACGGCAGCACAAGUACGAACAACAAACGGCAGCAUUCCACCAGCAAGACUUCCAUCCACACCGACGACAGUGGCUUGGGUGGAGGUGCUGGUACAGGAAGUACGGUCAAGAUUAUCACACCACCGGCUGAUGAGCGAACUGUGACUGGCACGGCGGAUGAGGACAGACCAGCCACUCCAGAGCUAUGCAUCGAUGGCAUGGCCAUUACGCCGCGCAAGCCCAGCAGCGCAAGCCGCAGGCACAACCAACUCAGCGCGGAGCCCCUGGAGACGCCGGACAGGGACACGAGCAUCAUCCAGCGGCCGCCGUCACGAGGUGGCAUGGCCUUCGACAUCAUUACGACAACACCCGACACAGGCAAUGUCCGCCGUGCACCGUCACGUCUGCGUGAGCUGAAGCGAACGCCGAGUCAGGACAAGAACCAGAUGUCUGCUGAGAAGCUGAAGGAUAAACUGCAAGCAGCUGAGAAGCGCCGCCUGCAAUAUGAAAAGGAGAACGUCAUCAGCAAGACUGAGAGCAAGAAGAAGCGUCUCGAUCAGGUGCACAAUGCGCUGGAGGAGUUUGCGUCUCGCCAGUCCAUGCAGACCCAAGGGCGCAUGCUGGAGGAGCAGGACAAGAAAGCCGGCAACCGGGAAGCACAGCUGAAGGCACUCCGAGAGCGUCUGAAGGCGAAAGAAGACCAUGCCCGCAAAGUACGAGAAGCCAAGCAAGCACUCGCAUCCAGCAACGCCUAAUUAGCUCAGGCUGCUUCGAGAUUGCUUGCACUGAACCUUACCAAACCAUAUCUGGCUGGGGCACCUAAGUGUGUCCCACAUCCUGGAGAUCAUCAUGCGAACACUGAUAGUGGACCUGUAUCUGGACUUCCUGUGUGACCACAAUAAUUAAUAAUUUAGAUUGUUUUGCAGUAUACCAUAAGUAAUUGCCUUGUCAAGCCUAGAGUCUAUGAAGCAUCUUCUUCACCUACCUAACACCCAUCUAUCUAUUCAUGCACCGCAUAGCAUCUACAUGUAUGCUAUGAUGAAUAGGAAACGGUACUUGUCGUAGUUCUUGAGUUAUCCUCCAUAGAUUUAGCACAACUUCAAAUCUCCCCCCCCCCCCCCCGUAGUUCUUGAGUUAUCCUCCAUAGAUAUAGCACAACUUCAAAUCUCCCCCCCCCCCCCUCCGCAGAAUAAUUCGAUGUUUAUGUAAGCACUGAGCAGUUGACUGUUGAGUGUAAAAUGUAGUUCUCAGCUCUGAACAAGUCAACACAACACUUCAUAGUGACAGACUGACACAUGUAUAAUUAUGUACAUCUACAUGUACACUUUCCUUCUCUGGUAAUUUAUUUCUUCUUCAGAACAUGCUGUAGAAUGUUAAUGGUUCUUCUUGAUCAUUCCAUCCCCUAUUACAUGUACCGGUAUGAUACGUGUACGUGCACCUCUUUUCUAAAUGGAUAAUGAAUAAAUUUUUCAUCAUUUUCA